AAUUAAUCACCUUGGGAUCAUUCAGUUCUUCCCAAAGAGGAGAAGAAAGCGCUGUGCUCACUUACAUCACACUGAGCGAGGACACCCAGAGCCAGGACCUGUCUGGGGUUAAUAUGAUCCUUCCUCUCCUGCUGCUAACUGUUUAGGAGGCAGAACUUUGCACCAGAUGGACGUGGGACACAAUGUAUCAAUGUUUCUAACACAAUGCUGCUCUAAGAGGUCAUUACUGAGCACCAUGGAGCAUCACACUGCUGAUGUGUGAGGUCCCCAGUGACCUGCCUGGACUCUCUUGACCUUGCAGUCAGUGUGGUUAAUGUCCACUGGCAAACAAGAAUGGAAGAACCAACCUCUGCUCAUAGGACUUCUGAGUAUCCAAGGUAAAGCUACCCCAAGGGACAUCACUAGGAUUUCCAGAGGAAUAGAUGAAGUCUCUUUGGAAAGACUUGCUCUUUCUGGGAGACAAAGUGAGAAGAACAGCUCUGGAUAAGAAAGAAAUCACCCUGUCUGAUUUAUGGUCUUCAGCUUUGGAGAGGCAGAGGGGUGUUUCUUCAGGCAAGAAGCCAUGGUCGUGAACAUCUCCAAUCAAACCUCCCACCAUGUACCUCCUGAAGACUCUCACUAUAACUAUCUGGCUUUGGUCUUUGGGCUCCUUCUCGUUGUCAUUAUUAUCUGUGGAAAUGUGUUGGUGUGUCUAAGUGUCUGCACAGAGAAAGCUCUAAAAACCACCACUAAUUAUUUCAUAGUCAGUCUGGCUGUGGCUGACCUGCUCCUGGCUGUGUUGGUUCUACCCCUCUAUGUGUACACAGAGUUUCUAGGGGGUAUGUGGACUCUCAGCCUUGUCCUUUGCGAUGCCCUAAUGACUAUGGACGUCAUGCUUUGUACUGCCUCCAUCUUUAACCUCUGUGCAAUCAGUGUGGACAGAUUCAUCGCUGUGUCCAUCCCACUACAUUAUAACAGGCAGCAGGUAGACAACCGACAACUCUUUCUUAUUUCCACCACAUGGAUUUUUGCAUUUGCUGUUGCCUCUCCUGUCAUUUUUGGACUCAACAACGUGGCAGGUCGGGAUCCAAACGUAUGUAAACUGGAGGAUAAUAACUAUAUAAUUUAUUCCUCUGUCUGCUCAUUCUUCAUCCCGUGUCCCAUUAUGGUUGUUCUAUACUGUGCUAUGUUUCAUGGACUUCGCAAGUGGGAGGAGACAAGAAAGGCCAAGUUGCGGAGUCACAUGUCUCCUGGACCUGGACGAAAGCCACAGUGCCCUAACCUCUUAAGGGAUAGCAGUCAUACAGACAGCAAACUGGAUGAACUCCACCUCUACGCUCAACAAGAUUGCCCUUUUUCAAAGUCUUAUGUGGACAAUGGCCAUGGAAUACAGACCGUAGCCUACCCACCACUCAAAUACUCAAAUCGCACGGAACCAGAAAGAAAACAUGCCAAGAUCAAUGGACGAGAGAGAAAAGCCAUGAAGGUGCUCCCGGUUGUAGUGGGUGCAUUUCUCUUUUGCUGGACACCGUUUUUUGUGGUCCACAUCACACGAGCAGUGUGCGAGUCAUGUAACAUUCCUGAACCGCUCAUCAGCAUUGUCACAUGGUUGGGAUAUGUUAAUAGCGCUCUGAACCCAGUAAUCUACACCAUCUUCAACACUGAGUUUAGGAAUUACUUUCGCAAGGUUCUUAGGCUUUGCUGGUGACACGUCUGGACCUUAAGGAACAAUAGCUUGAGGAGUAAAGCCAAGUCAACAUGCUGCUUUUUGGAAACUUCAGAGGAGACUGUUACAGAAUGAUGCUACCACCAUGAACAUGUCUUGAGUUGGUUUUCCAGGCUAAAUUACAGUUAUUGAAAGCUUCUGGAAUCUCUAUGACUUGGGAUUUCCUCAGAAUACUGCAGAAAAUUGAACAAUACAACUACUUUAUACAAAGUACAA